AUGGAGGACCGGCGGAUGUCGAUUCUGUCGGACAUCGAACUCGUUCGUGGAGUAGUGAUUGGCGAUAACGAGUCCGUCAUAACUAUGAUGAUGGAGAAGUAUGCCGAGUACAAUGGUGUGUCCUACAAUCAUCAGAAGGGAGAGCUAAUCACAGCUUUUAAUGGUAGAAAGUGCGUCUUCAAAACUGUCUCCAUGGAGCAAACCGAUCGAGGAUUCGAUGACCCCCACGUAUUUCUGUUGUGUUUAUCUGUAGCACGUCAAACCAGUGCAGAAGACACGCUUCAUUUGAUCUUCAACACAGUGGCCGAGCGUAUACGUGGUGUGCCGUACGUACUCGUCGGUACUCAAAUUGACAAACGUCUUUCAAUGCUGAUCGAAAACUACGGUUGUGUCAAACUAAAGAAUACUAGCCGAUAA